AUGGACAAGUGGCGAUCCAUCUUCCUGGAUUCCUUCCCCUCACUGGACGAAUAUACCUUGAUGUACAAAGACCUGCAUCAGCACCCUGAGCUCCCUUGCCAGGAAUCGCGCACCGCCGCCGCCGCCGCCCGCCACCUCGAGUCCCUCGGGCACCAGGUGCAGCGAAACGUGGGCGGCCACGGGGUCGUCGGCGUCCUCCGCAACGGUCCCGGCGCGACGGUGCUGCUGCGCGCCGAGCUGGACGCCAUCCCGCUCGCUGAGGACACCGGCCUCCCGUACGCCAGCACCGCAGCGCAGGUCGACGCCGACGGCACGACCAAGCCGGUCAUGCACGGCUGCGGACACGACCUGCACAUGGCCUGCCUCCUGGGCGCCGCGGACCUGCUGCGGCGGGUGCGCGACGCCUGGUCCGGCACGCUGGUGUGCGUCUUCCAGCCCAACGAGGAGCGGCUGCUCGGCGCGCGGGCCAUGGUCGACGACGGCCUGUUCGACAAGAUUCCGAUGCCGGACGUGGCGCUCGCCCAGCACGCGCUACCGAAGAGGGCCGGAACCGUGGGGGCUCGGCCGGGUCGCGUGCAGGGCAUCCUCGACUCCCUGGCCGUCCGCGUGCACGGCAGGGGAACGCACUCGUCGUCCCCGCAGCUGGGCAUCGACCCCAUCUUGAUAGCAAGCCGCAUCGUGUCGCGCCUGCAGACGGACGUCACGGCAGAGGUCGGGUCUGCGGCGCCGUGCGUCGUCACCUGCGGUUACUUGCACGCCGGGACAGACGCCAGCAUCAUUCCCGACUUUGCCGAUUUUACGAUUGACGUUCGCUCGCUGGACCAAGCCGUGCAGGACACUGCGGUCGAGACAGUCCACCGCAUCAUUCAGGCUGAGUGCCAGGCCGCAGGCUCGCCCAAGGCGCCGCGCAUCACCACUUCUGCCCACUGCCCGCCCAUCGACAACGACGCGGCGGCCACGGCCAGGUUCGUCAGCGCUCUGCAGGGAUUUUACAAGGAUGACGAGGACGGCCCGGGAAAGGUCGUGGAGAUGGAACGCGACAUCACCGCUGAUGACUUUGCCCUGCUGGCAAGCCCACCUGGCGAGAAGCCGAUCCCGUACGUGUACUGGAAGUUUGGCGUGACCCCGCGAGACGUGUACGAUGAGGCCGCGAGGAACGGGACCCUUGAGGAUCUGCCCUUGAACCACAACCCAAAGUUUGCGGUGGAGAUUGAGCCGUCUCUUCGAGUGGGAAUCGAAAGCUUGGCGAUUGCUUCGGUGGCGUUCUUCGAGUCUGGGAGCAGCUGA